GGUGGGCGGCAGCUGUCGGCUCAACUUUAAAACAGACGCCGCCUUCAAUGGUGAAGCGGAGCCACUGGACUUAUUGCCUUUAAGACCGACCUCCUGCCGGGUUCCCUGGAGUUUCCUCCAGACGGGACUCAGACCGACGGCGUACCGGAGCUUCGCAGCCCGUCAGCUCCGUCCCUUUCACCGGAUCGGUUCCUUUGGAGCGGCCGCGGCUCUGUCGGUUCGAUUAGCUUAGCCUCGUUAGCUCGGCCUCACAGGUUAGCCAACGUUAGCGCAGGUAGCUUUAGCUCGGUAUUUAUACCGGUUUAAUUACACCGACACCGACGUCUGUUACCAGGGUUUUUUUUCGGUGUUUUCUCCGUUUAACGGCGACAGACGGUCUCCGACACCGAGGUGUGUUGUUCAGCCUACCUGGUCGUCCUCCAUCAUGCUGCUUCCAGUCCGUCCUCGCUGACGGUUUGAGGCCGGAUUCAGCAUGCAGCAGCGACCCGGAGCGUCCAGGAGGCGGCGCCGCUGAGAGCCGAUCGGGUCGGUGCUGAGACGAGGCGGCGAUGGACGACUUCACCACCAGGACGUACGGAACCAGCGGCCAGGACAACAGGCCUCUGUUUGGGGAGACGUCGGCCCGGGACCGGAUCAUCAACAUCGCCGUAGGAGGAUUCACAUCAGUGGUUGUUCUAGUGACUGUUAUUGGUUCCUUUGUGUUCCCCUCUUUGCCUCCUCGGCCGCUAAACAUCUUCUUUGCCGUGUGCAUCCUGUUGGCCUGUGGAUCCACCAUAGUGCUGAUAUUCUGGUACCGGCAGGGCGACCUGGAGCCCAAAUUCAGGAACCUGAUCUACUACAUGCUGGCGUCCAUCGUGCUGCUGUGUCUAUGUGCCAACCUCUACUUCCAUGAUGUCAGGUGAAGACGAGAAAGACAAGGAGGAAGAAGGGAAGACAUGGCCUUGACGGACGGAAACACGGGAAGGACUGAGAGUCAGGCGGACCAAUCACGUGACCAAAAUAGAAGAACUGUUUUAUCACACUAACUUGAAGCUGCAGUGGAUUGUGGGACCGAACAAUAAAAAAACCUAUAAAUGGUUCCAGUGCGACGAAAACCUGCUAGACUUUUGUUGGUGCUGAAUUAUGCAAACAUGACGUACUGUACGAGGCUGAGGACGACCUGCUGGAGGACCGACAGGUGUGUUUACAGGCUCAGAACAGAUCGAUCUGCAGUCACAUCCUGAAAACAGCUGCAAGCGACAAUUACACUGUUUACGCUCCAGUAAAGUAAGCCUACAUUUACUCAUUUCAUCAUCUAAAAUGUGAAUAUUUUCUGGUUUCUUUCCCCCUCUGUGACCGUAAACUGAAUAUCUUUGGGGUUGUGGACAGUUUGUCGCCAUUUUCUGACAAAUCAGUUGCAGCCUGAUUUUAAAGCAUUUAUAAGACACUUUGGAUGUGACUGAGAUGAAGUGAUUGAACAUUUAAAGGAAAAAUCAGCCCAAAACUAGGAGUCCAAUCUGUGUGUAAUCUUAUAUACUGAUGAUUUUCUUCUUGAUUUACUAUAUUUAUAUCUUGAAAUGACUGACAGACAAAAGGGAGCAUCCCAGUUCAAGCUCUACCUGCUUUAAAGUUUGUUUUUCAACACUGUGUUUUUGAUUAGCCGUGUUUCCAUUAGACAUUUUUUAAGUAUUGCUUUAGAAAAACUUCACAGAAACAUCAAAAUUUAAAGAAAAUAUCCCCAGUUUUGCAAAAAAAAAUGUAAAUUCUUGCAAGUGAAUGCACUUUAUCAGAGACUGAAACACAUUUUCUGAGCGUUUCCAGGCUUCGAACAUGGGCAACACAAGCUAACAUUUAAGAAUAAUUGAAACUUUAUCGACGGGGGGAAAAAAUCCUGAAGAAUUGUCUCCAUAGAUGGACAAAAUUUAAGUUUCUUGGUGGUUUUUAGCAGCUGCUUUUGUUGUUGUUCUAAUCUGUUUAUUACAGUAACAUAUCCUAUGGCGCCACCUGCUGGGGAAACUAUGCAGCAGAGUUUAUACACACUAAAGCAAUUUUUUCAAAUUUUGUGGGGAGUGAAAUUUCAGAAAUUUGGCUCAAAUUUAAUGACAGUUUCUAUGGAAACACGGCUGGUUUGGUUCAUCCAAUAAAAUGUCUUCCAAAGUCUCAUUCAGACUGAAUUUACAUCAAAGUGGAAAUCAAAUAUCCACAGUGAUUAAAGAAAUUUCAGGUAUUUUCUCAACACAUAUAUAGAUUUAAUCCAUAAUUCUGCCUGUAAAUCUGUGAAAAAGUUCCCUGGGAAUCGUUAUUUUUAGGGUUUCUUUAAUAUCCCAGUAAUCCAGUGGAGAUCCAAUGAGUUUACUGCUAACAGCUAAUUGCUAACUUGGACAGUUUGCAGAAUGUAAACACAUUUAUGCUAAACAAACAGGACUUAAACAGCAGAAUUAAUGGUUGUGUCCCAGUUCAGGCUCAACCAGAUUUAAAGUUUGUUUUCCCAGACCAAGUUUUUGACCCAAUCAGACGCGAACUAAGAACAAAGUCGAAUCUCCACAAAGUAGAGCUGAAGCAGAGGCAAAGAAAUCGAGGAUAAAGUCAGAAAUCAUCCCUCUUUUUAGGGUUGUAUCUGAACACACUCACGUUAAAAAUAUAUAGAUUUUGUCCAUUAAUUUGCUCAAGAAAUAGUUUGCGAGUCGUCUCAUUAUUAAGGUUUUUUCACUAUGAAACUCAUCCAGUGACAGACUGCAAAUAGAAGCUACUAGCAGCUAAUUCGGCUGCUUUUCAUGCAAAACAUAACAAAUUUAGUCUUGAACAAACAGCUGACCUCAUUGUAGGUUAAUUUUUUACUACACUCUAAAGUCCUGCACCUCUAUGGAAAUGGAGCGACCAUGAAGAUAAACUCAGAAAAGCAAUAUAUGCUAAUUAUAAUGCCAUAAAUCUGAUAAAAGAGAAAGUUAAGUUGAAUUUCUGAUUGUUUAGAAAAAUUGAAAAAUCUGUAGUCAAACAUUCUUUCAAGUGUCCACGGGUGUUAACGAUGGCUCUACAUGCUAGAAAUUCUUAAUUAUUUUCAGUUUUUCAUGAGCUUACAUGGUAGUUAACAUUGCCUGCACUUCUGUCACAUAAUUUUUGACUACUUGACUGCAUCGAGGAGCAAAAAUCUUUUUUUUUUAAAAAAAAAAAACUAUAUCUGGUGCAAAUUUGGCCAUUUUUUAAAUGAGACACGUAAAAUAAAGCAAUUUUGAUCAAAUAUUACUAUUUUUAGCCUCGAUUUGGUUCAUUUUCCCAACUGAUGAUUAGUAAAAGGACUCUUGGACAGUUAAAAAUUCGACAAUUCUUUCUGUUUUUAUGGUUUCUGGCUCUGCUAAAUGGUGUCAUUUGUUAUUUUUUUAGGGUUCAGAGGGUUGAAACAGAAAACGUAGCUGACAUGUACUAAAAUAAAAGUCUGAUUUCACACUUAUAUGAUGAGCAACAGGUUGGAAAAAACAGAAAAAACUGAGAUCAGCUGCAAGUUCACAGAAAACAAUUAAAGCUGCAAGCAGCGUGGUCAGGAAUCCAAGCAUGUCCACCAGGUGGCACUGCAAGAGAGUGUAUUUCAGCCUAUGGCCUUGUUGAUGCCGAGCUAUCAAAACUGUCCACCAGGUGGCGCUAUCACUGUGAAUGUAUAUUGGCCUAUGUGUUUUAUCAGGGCAGGACUCUGAUCAUACAUGUAAAGUCUGAGGUACACUGAAGCAUGUAAAGGCCAGUUAGAGAGCACUUCCUGUUUCAUGACAAGAUGUAUAAACUCUAGGGGUCGCCAUUUGCACGCCUUCAAACUUUUGCAGAGCAUUUUGAUAACUUUUGAUCACCCAUGCCUGGUGUUUAGGUCCGAGUUCUGUUGGAGUGAUCUUGUUUGAGUUUAUAUCUUUGGAAAAUGUGCAAAAAUUGGUCCAAAAUGGUCCAAAAUAUGACACAUAAUUCAAAAUGGCCGACUUCCUGUUGCGUUUUAGGCAUGGGUGUCGAUUACAUUAACGUGUCUGAACAAGUUACACAUACCUACCAAAUUCCAUAGCUGUAGGUGACAUUUACAUGCUGCAGUUCCAUUUGAAAUUUUCCAGGUGGCGCUGUGGAGCCAUUUUGGCUCACAUCUAUGAAAUUCCCCUGAAAUACCAAAUUUUGGCCAGUUCUGAUGGGUGUGCAAAGUUUCAUGCCUUAUCCAGUAUUUUUAGGCCUUAAACUGUGAUUCAAAAAAUGGACGAAGAAUGAAAUAUAGUAAACCCAUGAAUUUCAACAGGCUCUUUGCACCAUCGGGCGCUCGGACCCUAAUUAAUUCAUCAAGACCUUCCUGAAACCCAUGGGUUUUUUUAUGAUGGGUUUUGUGUUCUAGAUUGGGUAAAAUAACCCCCACAUUAGAUGUAAAUAAAGUCUGAAUGGGCCCCAACUUCUCCUCCAAUCUGCUGCUUUUCAGGUUAAACUGGGCGGAUUUUUCCUUUAAGCUGAGCUUGUAAACACAUCAGCCUGUAGCUCAAACUAGAUAAAUGUCUGUUUUCUUUCUCUGCUUCUUCACAUUUUAUCUCAUCAUCUCAUUUAAUUCACUCCCACAUCAACGUCUCGCUAAGAGGAUUUUCUUUUUCAAAUCAGAUUUAAGCGCUGAAUCACAGACUGCCAACUCUUGCACUAAGCGAAUUUCACUUUUGUCUGAAGCCACAAACACACAUUUAUACACUCAGGCCAACUGUAGCGCCAAAAAACACAAACUGGUGGCUUUACACAGAAAUCUACAUUUUGCACUAUUAAUCCUGCUAUUUUAUGAUUCCCAGCUGCUCCUGGAGCUUUAAGGUUCAUGGUUUUCACGUUGUUAAUGUACUGUAGCUCUGUUUCCGCUGCAGCAGGAAGGUUUUAUCAGGAUGCUGCAGCUCAGAUAAACAUCUGUGUAGCUGCUUUUUAGCAAAAGAAAAUUAAGGUUUGGUUUGUUUCUCCGUGUUUUGGUCACACAGCAAAUAUCAGCGGCUCUAAAGGUUGUUUUUAUUGAACGUGAAAUUUAAAAAUCCAUGUUUCCGAGCAGAAAUGCUCCAGAAACCCUCUAAAAAUGAAGUUAUUUUCCACCAUAAUGUCACUUUUAUGCCCUUUAAUCAAUAUUUACUGCAUCAGAAACAUGCAGCAGGACUGAAAGCAAGGAAAAUACUAAAUCGCACAGAUGUAAUAAGCAAUAACCGACAAGCCAGCUGCUCUGUGAAGCUGAAUUUGCGUUUUUACAGGUGACUAAUUGGUAAAAACUUGAAGAGAACUACAAACAUGUCUUCCAGUUGCAUUAAAAUAAUCUCCAGUGUACAGCAACAGAACAUUAAAACUACCAGCCUAAUACUGUGAAGGUACAACUCCUGGUUUUAGUUUUGUUCUAAAAUGGAUGUUUUAGUGUCGAAUUGCUGCCCUCUUCAGGAAGGAAACUCUCUGAAAGUCCCAUAUUGUUUCCCUUUUUAGCAAAUUCAUCAAAGUACAUACAUUUUUCAGCUCAGAAUACUACAAAUAUGGUUGAUUUCUCCAUGAUUGUAUGACUCUUGGCUUUAAUCUAAACAAGCUUUAAAUGUAGCUGAGUUGCUGCUGGCUCCGCCCCCUUCAGGAAGGAAACUCUCUCCGAGUUUAUAAUUAACAACACGGAAUCAAAACAGUUGAAACUAGCUUCUAACUUUCUCUCUGAGGAUCAUUUUACACAAAAAUAUCGAACUUCUCAACUCAGUCGUCGUUUUUAACUGCAACUAAUUUGAUAAUAAAUUCAAGUAAUUUCCGUUGGAAAUAAAAAACUAAAUUCUUUAUUUGCUGCUUUAUAAAUGUGAAUUUUAUAGGUUUAUUUCCCUCCUCAAUGAGCGUAAACUGAAUAUAGUACUUUUCACAAUUUUCUGACAUUUUAUAUACCAAAGAACUAACUGAUUAAUGCAAAAAAUAAUCAAAUAAAUCCAAAUUAACAGUGAAAAUAAUUCAUAUUUGCAGCCAUAAAGUAUAAAAUCUGAUUUUUCAAAAUGGUUUUAACCUACAGCCAGUGAAGAAGAACAAAAACAGCAGCAAAUAUUAGAUGUCGGUGUUGUUUUUUGUUGACUCUGGCAGAAAUCCAACUCUGAAGGAGUGGAUUUGUGCUGAAUAAAUAAAUAAAUUUAACAUUUUGACCUGAAGAAUACACGCUGUGUGACCGAAUCACAGAGAAAUAAACAGUUUAAUCAAGAUUCUGUUUUUUCUGUUUGUUUUUUUUUUUUUUUUAACUGUCAACAAAUCUCACGAAAUGCAACAACAUGUUUCAAAAAGGUUGUAGUUUUUAACAGUUAAACAGUGAAAGGUAAAUUUCUAGGGGACUAUUUUUAUUGGCGGAUUCGUCCAGUGAGUUUUUUUCCACGAAGGAACGAGAAAAUAAAUUUUACAAGCUCAUAAAGCAUGUUUAAGAGGACAGAAUGGUUGUUUUUGUGUGAUUUGUUGACAGCAGUCCGGUGAGCUGCAGCUUUAAUCUGCCGUAGUUUUGUUUACAGACACUUUCAGCUUCGACGUCAAACCAAUCUAACGAAUAACUGACGGACACAAAGAGCUGACCUCGCCACGACUUCAGGAUUGUCAAAGCCAUGUGUUUCUUUUUUUUGUAUUUAAUAUUUUAUGGAAUAAAUAAUUGUGUAUCCUGAUGGA